CCAUGAGCCUGGUGCUCCAAGCUCUCGGUUGUUUCUGCACAUCUUCGGCUUUUGAUAGCGAUGUGGGUGGCACGCCUAUAACAGAAGGGAGAGAUGAGGAGCAGCGGGGCUUGAGAGAAAUGCUUGGUCGCCGUCCAUCAGGGAUGAUACAUAACGGAUACGUAUAUUCAGAUAUUCAGGGUACAAUCACAGGCAACAGGAUCUGCGUAUGCAUACAUAUUGUCGAUGGAUGAAUGAAAACCACUCAGAAAUCGAUAUUCAAACUUAAUUACCAUAGUUCCAGGGUCCCGAUGUCCAUUACGAUGCGAACAGAUGCCACGUCUUUUACGCGUGCAAUGAUAUCGUGAUCUGACGCGACCCUCUGGUAUUCACCAUCACGCCGCUGCGCUAGCAAACAUGCAGUGAAAG